UGUUCAGAAUUAAGUACAUUGGCGAAAGUGGAAGAAGAGGCAGUGCACCUGUUGUCACACGAGCUACAUCGUAUGGAACGAACGCAGGCACUGAUCCAGAAAGUAAGCGAACUGAAUAAUUAUCUUAAUAUUCGCGUGAUAGUGAAAUCGACACUUACAAAAAACGCGAAAGAGUUGCAAAAAACGGACAAGGAUUAUGCUCUGCUCGAGCAUUUCAAACUGUAUACCAGCCUGGAGAAAGAUGCUCGUAACUUGCUGCCUUUCCAGGUGCUAGCACUAGAACGAGCUGCGACAAAGAACAUCAUAAGCUGGAAAGUGCAUGUUAGCGAUACGAUCAAAAACUUCCAUCCAGGCUCGGCACUUCGUUUUCAUCCUGCACACUCGGAAUUACUGAAGAAAAGCGUCCAGGAUUCCAUAAAGCGCUUUUUGAUACCGUCCAUAGAGCGUAAAGUUCGGAGGAAAUUACUGGACAAAGCAGAGAAUGCAGCAAUUGACUGUUUUUCGAAAAAUCUUCGGGAACUGCUUCUCACAGCACCCUUGAAAGGUUAUAACGUACUUGCUGUUGAUCCCGGCUAUGCGAAUGGAUGUAAAUGCGCAUUGGUUGAUGAAAAUGGCGUUAUCAUUGGAACAGCGUUAUUUCAUCUUGUACGUAUUGACCGAAAUUGUUGGCGCGCAGAUGCUCGUGCUGAGAACACUUUGACAGCGUUAGCGGCAAAAUCAACAGGAUCACGUCUGAUUGUCGCAAUCGGUAAUGGCUUAGGAAGUCGAGAAGUGCAGCACUCUGUCGCGGAACUGAUUCAGCGUCAUCGGCUCAAUGCACAUGUUGUAUCUGAAUGUGGCGCUUCAAUCUACAGUGCAACAGAUAUUGCAGCUGAAGAGCUCCCGGAUAUUGAUAUAAAUUUGAGAAGUGCAGUAUCACUGGCAAGGCGUAUUAUUGAUCCUGUAUCAGAAUAUGUAAAAAUUGCGCCAAAGCAUCUAGGAGUUGGAUUGUAUCAGCAUUCGGUGAAUGAAAAACGCCUUGAUGAUAUGCUGGACAUUGUUGUACGUGAAUGCGUCAGCAAUGUUGGCGUUGAUGUGAACGUAGCGCCAAUGCAAGUCCUCCAGAAAGUGGCUGGAUUAAAUAAGAGAACAGCUGCAAACAUAAUUAAUUGUCGACAAGUUAAUGGGCCGAUAAGAAGCAGAGAACAGCUGAAGCAAAUCAAGGGAAUCGGUCAGAAAUGUUUCGAACAGUGCGCCGGCUUUUUGAAUGUGUAUAACGCUAAAGAACCUGCUGCACCAUCGAAAAAAAAGCGAAAGUUGGACUGCGAAUUCAAUCCACUGGAUGCAACACCUGUCCAUCCGGAGAGCUAUAACAUUGCUAAACAGUUAAAAGCUUCAUUUUCUCAUCAGUCUUUUUCAAUUUAUUGUACUUCCCUAGCACAGAAAAGAAAAAAUCAUUUGAUAUUGGAGAUUGCGGGUGCUGAUGUGACGUACAUUGGCCGGAGUGUUUUGCCGGAAAUGUUAGCAACUGUGGAAGCCGAGAUUCGAAAACGUGGACCGGAAUGGGUCGUAGUUUGGGAUCUGUUAGCGAAUCCAUUUACGAGGAAAAAUGCUCCGAAACUUUUGACAGAAAUGGUGGAAGUAAAGUCGUUGAAAGAGGGCGAUGUAUUGGAGGGGGUUGUACGAAAUCAUGCUCAGUUCGGGAUCUUCAUCGACAUUGGUGUUGGAUUUGAUGCUUUGGCACAUUCGUCAACACUUUCCGCAAUGAUUCCAGAAGUGAACGCCACAGUGAAAGUGCGAAUUUCCCAAAUGAACCUGGAACGAAAGCGCAUUAGUGUCGUUUUGAUCUGA